GCAGCAACAGGGGUAACGCUGGCCCGGAAAACCAAGCGGCUCAGGUUUGGUGGAGGAGGGAAGGUACAAAGAGCAGCUCUCCAGACAUCGAGCCCAGGGCAUUCCCUGCCUGGGCAGAACACCCGGCUGCCCUUGCAUCAUUCCUCAGCCGUCGGGAAAGGUGGAACAUGGGAUUAGGGUGAGAGCAGUGCAGCGGCAAACGGAGAAGCAUGGCAGGGCUUCGCAUCCGCUCUGUUCUGGUGACAGGGGCCAACCGUGGAAUCGGCCUGGGGCUUGUCCGGCAUUUCCUGGAGCUGCCAGAGCCACCCCAGUGGGUGUUUGCGGGUUGUCGGGACCCCAAGGGCCAGCGAGCGCAGGAGUUACAGAAUUUGGCCUCCAAGCACCCCAACCUGGUCAUCGUCCCGCUCGAAGUCGCCGACCCCGACAGCAUCAAGGCAGCUGCAGCCAGAGUCGGGGAGCAGCUGGGGGGCUCGGGGCUGAACCUCCUCAUCAACAACGCUGGAAUCGCCAAGUUGAGCUUGCUUGAUAACGAGACGCUGGAGAACAUGACACAGGUUUACACCACCAACACGGUUGGGCCCCUGCUGCUGGGCCAGGCAUUCCUGCCCUUGCUGAAAAAGGCUGCCCAGGGGAGCCCGGGCUCAGGGUUGAGCUGCAGCAAGGCAGCCAUCAUCAACAUGUCAAGCAACGGGGGCUCCAUUGCUUCUCCUGCUGGUUGGGAACUGAUGCAAGUUGUCUCGUACCGCUGCAGCAAGGCUGCUCUCAACAUGCUGACCAAGUGCCAGUCCCUGGGCUACCGCGAGCACGGCGUCCUCUGCGUUGCUCUCCACCCUGGCUGGGUGCAAACCGACAUGGGGACCUCCGCUGGACACAUGCCCCCCCUGACAGUGGAGGCCAGCGUGCAAGGGAUGCUGAAGGUGCUCUCCUGCCUCUCCGAGAAGGACACCGGCACCUUCCUGGACUGGGAAGGGAAGGUCGUGCCCUGGUGAGAUGCCGGCCUGGCCUCCUGGCAGCGGGGCUCACUGCCGCUGCUCCCGACGGCCCCCGGCAUCAAUAAAGCCCUGCCGGAGAGCCACUGU